AUAAACAAUUUAAAGUGACAUGAGAGCAGACACUUGUAAUUUUAUGGCCGAGUUCUAGGUCUUUAACCACAUCAUUUGAACAUGUUUAACUUCAAGAAGAAAAGCGAGAAGGGAGAAAAGGAUAAGGAUGCUAAGGAAAGUAAAAAGGAAGAGAAACGAAAACGGGAGAAGGAUCGAAAGGCUCGUGCAGAGAGGACGUUGUCGGGUCGAGAUAUGGCUGGAUUUAUAGCGAGUACCAGGAGCAACGAGACGAGCUCACAACCAGUUGUUAAACGGGAGAAACAUGGCCUGUUUCAUAGUUUAAAGAAAAACGACAGAAAGAGCCUGGAUUUUGCAGAGACAUUCGAAAAUAGCUACCCAAACGGGCAAACAACCUCGUCUGAAUCUGAUCAACAUGGUGGGCAGUCUAUACAUUCGCGUAUCAGUGCGUUUGAGAAUUUUAACUCUCCGGCGACUGGAGUCGGUGCAAACGUUAAAAAACCAACCGGAAAUCUUUACAAUGGUUCUGACUUUCAAGAAUCAAGCACAAGUGGCAAGAAAAAGGAUUCCUUGUCGCAAGGAGGCGAGUUUAAAAAAGUACAAGCAAGAACAUACGAGUUGAACCCACAACGAUCGUCUGUCGAUAAUGGACAAGAAAAGGCCGCAUACGAACGGCAAUCAUCGGCUGAAAUGAACCGAAAACAGCCUCAAACCACAGCAAAACCCGUAGUGGAACCUAUGAAUAUCAAACCGACUCAAUCGCAAACAGUUAUGUCAGAAAAUAUUGACAGUUAUAAUGACACAACGGCAAAACGGCCGUCGAGCAAACCGCCAGUCGCUGCAAAAAAUCGAUAUGCAGCUUCACCAUCGUCUCCGUCAUAUAACUCAUCUUUAGUGCUAACUCCCGGGCGAAAAACCAGUAAAAAACAAAAGCAAGUAGACCUCAUCCCUCCUAGUGAAAAGGUUUUAGACAACGCCGGAGUUCCUUUGGUUUUACCAGCCGUAAAGCCAGCCGGCGAAGGCUUGCCCAGGCUUAUAAACUUACGUCGUCAGUCAAAUGGUGGUUUUGGAUUCGCGUUAAGGCGAUCGACAACAGCCAACAACAAAGAAAUAUAUCUCGCAGAGCCUGUAGCGGAAGCCUAUUCGACCUGCCUUCUGCCUGGCGAUAAAUUGCUUGAAGUGAACGGGCAUAAUGUGGAGAAUCUUAGCCGGGAGAAGAUCGUCGAGUUGGUGGCAUCUUCGGGAAGCGAAGUACAACUGAAAGUUGUCCCUGUGCCAGAGCUUGCUGAACUAACCGUUCGAAGCGGUUUGGAUGGAGGGAGAGUUCACGUCGAUGAGAACUUUAUACGUUCAGGUUCUCUGGCGAGAAGUGGCAGUAAAAGAAUCAAGAAAAAGACCAAAACAGAAGCUGAAGUUGCUUCAGAGAAGGAAUGGCUCGAGGCGGAAAAAGUCUGGGUCGUUCACAAAGGAGGUUUCUCGGGAGGUCGGAUGCUCAAGUCAUCUCCUGCUGCAGCUAACACAGAGUCUGACCCGACAAGAAAAGUAAAACUUGAUCACGGUGGAGACAUCAUGAAUGUUGAUGAAGAUUGUGUUGAAAAGGCAAAUCCACCCCAGUAUGACAGAGCAGAAGACCUUGCAGCCUUGCGACAUCUCAAUGAGCCAAGCUGCCUGCACACCUUGAGACAACGCUAUGGUAGCAGUUUGAUCCACACCUAUGCCGGUCAAGUUCUCAUCAUUAUCAAUCCAUUGAAGCAAAUGGCAAUAUAUGACGACAAGGUGAUUCAAAUGUUCCGUGGUUGUAAGCAAGAAGAUAUGCCACCUCAUAUCUACGCCUCGGCUCAGACGACCUACAGAAAUAUGCUGGCCACCAACGCAGACCAAUCGUUGGUGCUCAUGGGACCCAGUGGUUCUGGCAAGUCCAUCAACUGCGCGCAUCUUCUGCACUACUUUUGUUCCACGUCCGUAUCACCACAAUCGUCUUUGACUGAUGCAAAAAUGGGAGCAAUGUUAUCUCUCCUCGGUGCCUUUGGUAACUGCUCAACCAGACUUAACCAGAACGCCAGUCGUUUCACUAUGUUAUUCACCCUCGACUACGAUUCCUCCGGGAUGCUGAGCAGCGGCUCGUUGCAGACAUUUUUAUUGCAAAAGAUAAGGGUCGUUCAAACUCCCGAAUUCGAGAGUAACUUCAAAAUUUUUCAAUAUUUCCUGGCUGGCUGCAACAAGAAACUCCGACAAGAGUUUCACUUGGACGUCGCUCUACAGGACCCAAAUGCUUUCGUGAAGUGCGAGUCAGACCAAGCAAGCCAUCAGCGGGAUCUUGAACGUUGGAACGAGUUACAGCGCUGUUUGGAGGUCCUGGGGGUUAGUGUUAGCGAAAUGAAAUGUCUCUGGUCCGUUAUUGCUGCGAUCUAUCACCUAGGAACGGCGGGCGUGUCGAUGGGUAAUGAUAACAAGCCCAGGUUCACGAACCCCGCUGGUACUCAACGUGCGGCCUCAGUCCUUGGGAUCAGCGUUGAAGAGAUCUCCGAACUCAUAUUCGCCCCACCCAUCGUAAGUCAAAUUGUGAUCCGUUCUCCACGACGUAAGACCGCCGGUCGCCUAUCAUCGCAGUCCUCUGAGCCCGCGUCGCCAGCGGUGGAACAGCCAGUAGACAAUCAAAGAUUGACCCAGUGCAAGGACGCGCUCGAAGGAUUGGCCAUGGGCUUAUAUCAAGAGGCUUUUGGGAUAAUGGUUUACCUUAUAAACAGGUCGAUCCAAGAGGGAGACCCAAGAAGAAUAGCUUCCAUCAAUAUCUUAGACUCGGCUGGUUUCUCUGAUCCGGUGGGCGCUGACAGCGGACCUGGUGCUCUCUUUGAAGACUUCUGUCACAACUAUCAGUCAGAACGUUUGCAGAAGUUUUUCCACGGCAUGAUGUUCACGCAGCAGCUGGAUCGUUAUAACCAAGAAAAUGUUGACUGUACUUUUGACAGUGUCUCAGGAUCACCAGAGAAGGUCGUGACGGUCAUUGAUAAAGCGGGACAGGGAGGAGGUCUGAGUAUGGAUCACAGAGGCGAGAAAAAAGGUCUUCUUUGGCUUCUCGAUGAAGAAUCCAUCUUCCCUGGAUCUACAGUACAGACCUUCCUCAAACGUCUGUGCGAUCGACAAGGUGCGAAUACAUUCAGACCGGGUCCAAACGAGUCCAGCUUUUUCCUCCAGCAUUUCCAAGCCCGGCAACCCACGCUGUACAACGCCCAAGGGUGGCUCAAAUUGGCGCGAGAACAUCCCGCUGUCAAGCAAGCCCACACGUUGCUGGCUCAGUCUUCAAAAGAUGAUCUUGUUACGCUGUCGCUAAAACAUUCCGAUGGCCUGAGCAGAACUCGAAGUUUUUAUCGCAAACAAUCCAUCACAACCAUGUCGGUGAAGAAAGAUUCGCAGUGUUUGCAACUUAUCUAUCAAGUUGACAAUGUGCUGGAUUGCAUUCGCAAGACUCACAUAUCGUUCAUACGCUGCAUGCUUCCGGUGGCUGGCGCCGGGAAAUAUGACCUCAACGACCCGGCACUCGCGGGAAAAAUCCCCAACGCAGCAGGGAAGAUGGACGUACCAUUACUGAGAGAUCAGCUGAAGAGGGCUCAGGUCCUGGACUCCGUCAGACUUCACAGACAAGGUUAUCCGGAGCACAUGACAUUUGGCGAGUUCCAACACAGAUUUAGCAUCUUGGCUCCUCCUGAAAGUCGACAAACUCAACCUGUUCUUGAUGAAAAGAAGGCUGCAGAGACCUUAAUAGGUGUUCUGGAUGUGGAUGAGAGUAGUUACAAGAUUGGUUUGUCCCAGAUAUUCCUGCGCGCUGGGACUCUGGCGCAGUUGGAAGACUCCCGAGAUGAGACAAUCACAGAUAACUUGAUCGAACUGCAAGCAUUCUGUCGUGGUUAUCUCGCUAGAAAGAAACUGGCCAAACUUAAAGUUCAACAAACGGCGAUCAGAUGCAUUCAAAGCAACGUACGACAGUUCCUGCAGGUCCGCGAGUGGGAAUGGUGGCGACUUUAUACCAAGAUCGUGCCACUGUUAGAUAUCCAUCGCACAGAAGAAGAACUCAAAGCUAAAACGGAUGAACUUGGUACCCUGAAAGCGACGAUUUCCAGACUUGAAAGCGAAAAAGCGUCUUUGCAAGAGGACAAUCAACGCUUGCAGCAAAACGUGACAGAGUUGUCAGGAAUACUGGAAGAUGAGCGCGAGUCUGGUCACGGCAAGGCGGCGAUAUUACAGGAAGAACAAGUGUUGAGGAUUAGUGCUGAAAAGGAAAUUGAAUCCUUGAAGGGUCAACUCGAGGAGGCGAAGAAGGCAUUGCAGGUGCAGCCUGAGAUAAUACGACCUGAAACAAUGACCACAACUGAAGCUGUCAUGGACGAGGCUGAGCCCACCGAGAUUAGAACAGGGAGUCCUGACAGGAGGGUGAAUGACUUGGAUGAAGAAUUGUGUAAAAUGAGUUCAGAGAAAAGACAAGUUGAAAGAAUGCUAUCGGACAAGGAUGCCCACAACGAAGAGUUGGUUCGCGAAGUCAGCAAUUUAAAACGUAAAAUAGCCCGCACCUCCGGAGAAAUGGAAGACAUGAAAUUAUUGCUGGAGAAAUCACAGUCGAGAAACGCCGAACUUGAAAAGAAACAGCGAAGAUUCGAUGCGGACUUGUCGCGAGUACAAGAAGAGACGAGACAGGAACGAUCGCUCAAAGAGAAAGCAGUUCGCGAGAGAGAUUUAAGCGUUUCUGAGAGACUUCAUCUUGAACAAGAACUAGAGCGCUACCGACAAAAGAUGGCUGAAAUAAGAAGCGAAAAGGAACGUUUAGAAAACGAUUUGAGUGAUUUGGGAAAGAACAAAGGUGACGCUAAGGCGGUGGAAAUGGCGAGCAGCAAGAGGCAACUGGAGAAGAAAAUCGAGGAACUUGAUGAAGAAGUCGAUGAACAGGCAGAACAGAUACAGCUGUUGGAACACGCGAAACUAAAACUCGAGAUGGAAAUUGAACAAAUGAAGAAACGUGUUCAGAAAGAGUCGGACAGAAAGGACGAAGAUAUGGAAGACAUGAAAUCAAAUUAUACUCGAAAGAUCAAACAACUCGAGGCUCAGCUCGAAGACGAACACCACGAAGUGUCGCAGGCGGUGAAAGCCAGAAACGAAUCUGAGCGCAAGAUGAUGGAACUUCGCCAGCAACUGGAGCAUUUGAACGAUCACAACAGCUCGGGAAAGCGGUACAAGCAAGACCUGAAGAGCACCAAAGCCUUGCUCCGUGAUGCUCAGCAAGCUAUUGAUCAACUGACACAACAGAGUAAGAAGGAUCGGCUGCAGAUCAAACAGUUGAAAAAUCUACUCGAAGAUCAAACUCAAGCGAGUCAGGCGGCUUUGAAAGCGAAGAAACAACAAGAGCUGGACUUGCAAGAAAUCCAAACGCAAUACGACACUGCUGUUCGCAGUAAAACUGAGAUCGAGGAAAAGUUCUCGGGUCUUGCUCGCGAAAACAAUGAACUGAAAAGUCAAAUCGAGGAGGAUGAAGAGGAGAUGAAGAAUCUUCUGCAGAAAAAUAAAAUUCUGGUCGCUCAAAAUGCAGCCGUGCAAACCAAGAACGCGGAGUUAAACGAAGCGAAGCACGAGCUUCAGAGUGAAGUUAAGAAUCUGCAGUCCGAGGUCUCGCAAUUCAAACAUCGUUUGUCGUACUUUGAAGAGACAUCCGUCGAGAAGAAUAUUCACGAUAAGAUUGGAAAUAAGGUGAGAGAUUUGGAGCAAAAACUAGAGUCUGCCAUCGCUAAUUCACAUCGCUUAGAAGUAACUAACGAGAGGCUUCGGGAACAACUCGAGAAGACCGAGGAAGAGAGAAUUCUUUUUAUUGAAAAAGAAUCGAGAUUCCAUCAAGAGAAAAACAAACUCGAGAAGAAAUUGGUAGAUAUCAAGGAAGAAAAACUAACCCUUGAAAAACAGGAAAAUGAACAAAAGAAGCGAAGAGCUGAAAAGGAAAGUGAAUUGGAAGAGAUAGAGGUCGUUUUAGCAGCGACAAAGAGUGAACUAAAUAUGACCAAGAAACGUCUUGCGGACCUGCAACAAGCCAUGGAAGACAAUUUGCAUGACGACAGCGACAUGACGUCGGAAUCCGACGACGACGAUGAUGACGUCACGCACAGCUCGAUGUCGUCAUACCGAGCGUUGAGCGGGUCACGUGUCUCGUCCGAGCCUCGUUCCUACAAGUCUUACGAAGAUUUAAACGAUGCACACGAUAUAACAGACAGACUAACGCGUAGAUUGAACGUUCUUGAUGAUCUCGGCUCACCGACAUCGUCCCAAAGCGGCGUCGGGCAACCGUCGAUGUCCGACGAAGGCUCGACCGCGUCCGACCUUCACGUCUAAUGAUAGUUAUUUAAUGUUCAACCAUUCCGCGCCAAACCUCAGUUCGUUCAGUGUAAGCAACGAAGAUGAAAUCAUGCGAAAAUUUUAAUAGGUUUUGAAACUGUUUACAUAUUGCAGUUUAAUGCUGAAAACUAGGUCUUCGUUGUUUUACACAAUGUGGAUUUGUUCUCACGAAAAACAACUGAAGUUCUGCUAUGUGAUUGGUUAAAAAAAUCCUGUAUCUCGGCAGCCAAUCACAUUACCGAUUUACACAUUUUCGCGCGAACAAAUUCUCCUCGUAAAACACGAGCUCUUUAAACACUCAUGGCUUCUUAUUAUUUCUCAGGAGUUAGAACUAGCAUUGACUCUUGUUUCGUUGAAACAAGGUAUAAUACCCACUAAGAUAUACCAAGACUAAGAUCAUACUUUUAACUUUAGGUGUAGGGUAACCCCCUCUAAUAAUCUCUUGCACGCACUUCAUGCGACAAUCUCUUACCUCUCCCCUCCCCCACAACUCUCGAGACAUUUCUGUGGGCAACGACGGGACAGAUUGGUGAACGUGCCUCAAUUAAACUUCGAAAUCCCGCCGAAGAUAAAUUCUAUGUUUAGGAUAAAUGUAUUUUUAAAUGCCACGUUUCCACCAACUUACAAUUGCCCGUAGGAUUACCGUAAGCAAUCCUUUUAAAUUAUUACCGUUGUCAACACAUAACGAAGAAUAUCGUAUUUUAGAAAGCAAUAACUAAUAGGUUAUUACAAUUCAGAGAAAUAGUUUUUGUAAAAAAAAUUGUGGGUAAUUUAUUAAUCAACCUGAUACCGGUGCGUGUUCUAGCAGUACGUGUUCUAGCAGUACGUGUUCUAGCAGUACGUGUUCUAGCAGUACGUGUUCUAGCAGUACGUGUUCGAAUGCUAUCCCCAAAAUGCGGUCUCAAAAGCUUCUCAUCUCGAAAUCCAAAAUUAAUUAAAAAGAUAUUUGGUUUGGGCAACUGAAGUCAGAAAAUAGCAAAAAACUCAUUUAACAGCUCGAUGUAAAGUGCUUGUCUUCACUGUGUCUUUACUCACCAUGAAGUCACGUUUUCAGCAAGCGAUAAAGAAAAUGUCGGGAUUAGAAAUGAAAAGCACUUUUAUUUAUACACAUAAUGCUCUUAGACUUAAAGGUAAUAAAUAGAUUUG